CACCGCGCUCGGCUGGCUCCCCACACCCCCACGGCUGCAGGCCCAGAGGUGUGUCCCCUGCACGGGGACUCGCCGCGCCUAUAAGGGGCCCAGCGGCGGGCAAGGGACAUGCAGCUCUACAGCAGCGUCUGCACCCACUACCCAGCCGGGGCACCGGGUCCCACGGCCGCCGCUCCCGCGCCACCCGCCGCCACCGCCUUCAAGGUGUCCCUGCAGCCCCCGGGUCCCGCCAGCGGAGCGCCAGAGCCCGAGACCGGUGAGUGCCAGCCCGCCGCGGCCGCUGAGCCCCGGGAAGCCCCCGCCGCCAAGAUGCCCGCCUUCUCCUGCUUCGACGUGGUGUCCGGGGCCGCCGCCCCAGCCUCGGCCGCCGCGGGGCCGCCCGGUGCGGCCUGCAAGCCUCCGCUGCCGCCGCACUACACGUCCACGGCGCAGAUCACCGUGCGCGCCCUGGGCGCAGACCGGCGGCUGCUGCUGCACGGGUCCGACCCCGCGCCCGGCGCCGCCCCGCGUGCCCGCUGCCUGCUGCUGGCCCCCGCUCCCCGCGCCCCGGUGCCGGUGCCGGUGCCGCCGCGGCGGGGCUCCUCCGCCUGGCUCCUCGAGGAACUGCUGAGGCCCGACGGCCCCGAUCCCGCCGGCCUGGACGCGGCCCGGGAGGGACCCGACGACAGAAACUUCCGACUGAGCGAGCAUCGUCAGGCCCUGGCCGCCGCCAAGCACCGAGCCCCGGCGCCGCCCCCGGGAAGCCCCGAGCCCGGCCCCGGCGUAUGGGCCGAGGAGCACCGGGCAGAGAGGAUCCGCCGGGGCUGGGAGCAGGCCGGUGACCGCAGCGAUCCCCCAGGCGCGGACGUGGUCCAGCGACCUGAGCCCGAGGCCCAGGCGCCCCCAGCGCGGAGCGGCGAGGCCACCCCAGGCAGCGCCGCAGAGACGGUGGCCGUGGCCAGAUCGGAGCCGAGAGACGAGAAGCUCGCCCUGUACCUGGCCGAGGUGGAGAAGCAAGACAAAUACCUGCGACAGCGGAGCAAGUACCGAUUUCACAUCAUUCCCGACGGCAACUGCCUGUACCGAGCCGUGAGCAAGGCCGUGUACGGGGACCAGAGCCUGCACCGCGAGCUGAGGGAGCAGACGGUGCACUACAUCGCCGACCACCUGGACCACUUCAGCCCCCUGAUAGAGGGCGACGUGGGGGAGUUCAUCAUCGCAGCCGCCCAGGACGGCGCGUGGGCCGGCUACCCCGAAUUGCUGGCCAUGGGCCAGAUGUUGAACGUGAAUAUCCAUCUGACGACUGGGGGACGGCUGGAGAGCCCCACCGUGUCCACUAUGGUCCACUAUCUGGGCCCCGAGGACCCUCUGCGGCCCAGCAUCUGGCUUAGCUGGCUCAGCAAUGGACACUAUGAUGCUGUGUUUGAUCACUCCUAUCCCAACCCAGAGUAUGACAAUUGGUGUAAACAAACUCAAGUGCAAAGAAAACGCGACGAAGAACUCGCCAAAUCCAUGGCCAUAUCCCUAUCCAAAAUGUAUAUCGAGCAAAAUGCAUGCUCUUGAAAUGUCUGACAUCUUACACCCUGAGAAAUUGCAUACGGAACUUGUGUUUGGAGAAUCACGUGAACUCUAAUCAGGGUAAUAGCACUUUUAAACUUCCUAGUAGAUUUACCGUAGGUGUGAUGCCUUAAUCAUUUGUUUUUAACAUUUUCUCAGCUGAAGGUUGCUGGGCACCUAAAUGAUGUUUCACGAUAGCUUUGGGGGAUCCUACUGCUAUUUAUAAUUUGCUGUAUACAGUGAGCACUACUUAAUUUGCAAGUUAAUUCCUCACAGUGUAAAUUUGUUCAUUCCUGGUAGUCUAUUUUCUAUA